AAUGAAAUUUAUUCCAAAAAGGAAGAUAAAAAGCAAGAUUUCUGGAGGAAUCCUUUGUACGCUUGGAAACAACUUAGCCAUCCUCCAGUACUUAGGCAACAUGAAACAAGUCAAAACGAUCCUUAAGAAGUUCUCUUCAUCCUCACGAAAGUUGCUCCUUAAUAAUGGCGAGAACUGGGAUUUAUUCCUAAAGCGUGACCACAGAUGCAUAAACCUCCAGUAUUCAGACCUCGAAGAGCUCCAAAAGUCAAUGGAUUACGAAGAAUUUACUUUCAAUAUAAAUUCUAAAAUCCCUCAAAAUAGUAGUUUAUUUCUUAAAGGACUCCAAAGCCUCUAUUCUACAGGAAAACUUAGAGUUAAGUCAAUCUGAGUGAACUCGAAUACCCAAGAAUGCAGUAUAGCCAAGUUUAUCAGACAUAAAGAAUUCUUUGAAAGUUUAGUUGCGAUCUUUGGACAGAAGAUUAGGUUCAAAAAGAUUGAGUCAGUUUUAGACCACGAUUUUGAGAUUUACCAAGUUCCUGAAAUUUUAAAGUUGAGUAAGAAAUUUAGUAUCAACGGAAAUACAGUUACUUAUGUUGGCCAGAAUGCAAUAGAUACCUUUCCACUCCAAAAUCUUCAUAAAUAUCAAAACAUAUCUGAUACAUCAUCAAAGGUAAUCCAAUACGUCCUAACCCCCAUCACUAACUUAUCAGUGCACACCUAUCUCUUCAUGCCCGACCAGACCCUCUCUUCCAAAUCUUACUUCCACACCUACAUCCAGACCCUCACUCUCAACUUCACCUCUCCUCUCUUCUGCUUCAAAACUCUAUUUUCAAGCCUCAAACUCUUCAAAUCUCUUCACACGCUCAUUCUUAUUAACUGGUCAAGCUCAUUAACGACUCCAUACUUAUGAACCAAGGAAAUGACUUCUGUUAGACCAAAACUCAAGUGAGUGGUGAAGCUGGUCUGGGCUAGAAGAGUAAAAGGGUCAGAUGGGGAGUUAAGGAGUGAGGUGAAGUGAAGCGAGUGUAUUUAUGCGAAUAAGGAAGAAACAGGGAAGGUGACGUUUGGAACAGUGCUUAAUGUUGAGUUUAAUGGCAUCAAUCAGAAAUGGCUUUGAAACUAUAAUGAUGAGAAAUAUUUAAUGAUCGUGGACCCAGACUUUGCAAACUUUGAAGUUAAUUCCUCGUCUCUCAAAUGUGAGAAGUAUUCUACCGUGCUAGAAGCACUAAAAGAUCAAAUAGAAGAAAACUCAAGUGUAUUCUUUAUCCCAUUUGCUAAGAUAACCAGCAUCAAUAUUCAUGAAACUUCUGAGAGUAUCUAUAGUACUGAUAUUUCCCCUAUCUCUACAUGAGAAAACCCCAAUGCCGCCUUAAAACUAUGAACCUGGGUUAAAGUUUUGACUUUGACCCCAUCAACCUGCCAAAUAAGCUUAUUUUUCACUUCCAGAUCAAAUGAACUAAUACAAUCUUCCCUAUCAGACCCAUCACACCACUUCUCAAGUCUAGUAUCACACUGCAAACACCUCCUUCCCUCCCGCACCAAAGUCCAUCACUCCUUCAUACUCUCUUCUUCAGCACAUUUGUCUCUGAUUAUAGAACAGAUCUGGAGUACAGCCAAGUUUGUGAAGACUGUAGUGAGAGUGAAGGUAGGGUGAGCGGUGAAGGAAGUGGAAGAGGUAAUGAAGGAGGUGUGUGGAUUAUGAAGAGAGGGAGAGGGAAGUUGGAAAGAGAGUUAGAGAGAUUGUGAGGAGGAUCUAUUGGACGGAUGUGAGGGAUGUUAGCCAGUGAGGGAUGUUAGCCAGUAAGG